CUUGACAGUUUCAGAUGUAAAGACGAUGGCCUGUGGAAUAUUUGACAAGCUCUCUGCCCUAAUAUUGUUUGUAUGGUUCCUACAGAUAUGUGUGGCAUCAGAAUGCAAGUCAAAGAACAUAAUCUGCACUGAAAUCUGUGUUGCUGAGGGAUUUGGAUAUAAACAUGAAUGUCCAGAAGGAAGUGAGAUUGCAAUUGAAGGAACCGAUAAGAUGAAUUUAGGUUAUGCUGAUCUACGCAAACAGGAGUUUAAAUUUUUGCCACCAGUAGUGAAAAUGGAUAAACAUUCAGUGAUCACAGAAGUCUGCCAAGAUCUUAAAAUUACAUGCACACCUUUUACUAAAAAAUACGAAAAUCUUGCUGAAGAAACGUGCAUGAAUUUUAAAUCCAUUCCUGCAGAGAAAUUUCCAGCAGGCAAUAUUAAUGUGAGUCCGGCGCCUUCAAUCCACGAUCAAAGUCACCUUGGAUGGAUUGCAGUUCCAGUGAUCCUGCUUUUGGUCUCUGGAGUAAUCUCUUACUGCUGCAGGAAAAAACAUAAGGGAGGUGGGAUAUUCAACUGUCUCCAAAGAAACCAAGAAGGAAGUGGAUUCCCAAUGGUUCUAGGAGAUUUAGAGGGACAAAACAAUGCUGACGUCAGGAAUGGAGAAGAUUCACGUGGAUGUGGUGGAAAUGACCGAGACACAGCUCAAAGUGCUAUGAGUGGAAACAAGGGAUCUCCCAACACCACUACUCCAUCUGAUCACAACCCAAUGAACGGCUCUAGGAACAUGAAUGAGGAGCCAGUCGGAAUAAAUGGAGCGAAAGGAAGAGGAAAUAAGAGGGAGCUGGAUGGCGGAGGGGCUGCUGCUCAUCAUCACGCUGAAGAACAACCACUGCUGCCAGAUCAGCGAACUGCCAAUCGAGAUUUCAACAGGUCUUACGUGGCUGUGACUUUGGUGAAUGAGCUCAGCUCCAACCAGGAACCAGUCAGCAGACAUUCUGCAACACCAGAUGCUGACGUGGAGUCAACAUGCCCUGAAAAACCAACAAUAUAGUUAUAAUAGAUAAAUAUGAUAUGCUAUAUAAAAUAAUAAUAAUAAUAAUAAUAAUAAUAAUAAUAAUAAUAAUAAUGAUCCCUGUGUCUAUGUGAGACAUUUCCUGACAUGACCUUUAGGCUUAAGUUAUUUCAUAAAUUUCACACACACACACUUUUGUCUUUGAAAAAAUCUUAAAUAUUCAAAAGAUGUGUGUUAAAUGUUGAAACAAAUGUAAGCAUUUAAAUGUGCUUGUUUCUACGAUAUUCGUAAAACUUGGAAAUUAUAACUAUUUUAACAGCUGUAUCUGGUUGUCAUAACAAUUAUCAAUAUGAUUUUCAUGCAAGGAAAUCUUGACUGUUGAACUUAACCAAAGGAGUGGGUGAACUACAUACAUGUCAGGAAUGUGCCACAUUUAAGGGCUAGAGAAAAACAUAUGUUUCACUAUAUAAAACAUAUUAUGAAUAUGUAUAGCUAAACUAAAGAUAUUUUUAAAAUAAAUAUUUUGGUAUUGUAUUUCAGUUAAACCGAAUAUCUUAUAUUCCUGGCAGAUUCGGGUAGUCACAUUUAUUCUAGAUGAAAGGAAUAAUAUUUUAGAGCCAGAUUACAGAUAUAAGUCCAAUAGGUAAAGAUUAGGGUGAUGACAGGGAGGCCCCCAAUCUUAAAGAAAAAGUAAAUUGUAAAAAUACAUUUAAAAAAAAGUAAAAAAAACUAAAAAAAAUUCAAAAGAAUGGCUUUCUUACUGCAACAAUUUUUGCAAUUGCAAAUCACUUGUACAGGCUGUUUUUUUAAAAAAAAAUAAUAAUAAUAAAAACACAUGAAUUAAUAUUUUAAAAUCGAUCUUUUUAUAUGGUUAUAGGGAAGUCUGCCUCUUUUACUGUCAGAAACCUUUCAAUUAAAUGAAUAUAAUAAUAUUAUUUUACACAAAUCUGCCAGGUUGAUAACUAUGUAUGUGUGUAAGAAUGUAUUCUGUAUCACAGCUACAAACUAAAUAUAUACAAUAAUCCUUACAAAUUUGCCUUUGUUAUUUUUUCUUUUUUUCUGACAAAUAUUAAUUUCCAUUUGUUAUGCAAAAGCCUGCAAAUAUAUAUUUUAGAUUAAUUAAGUUGUGAGGCAAUUUGUGUGUGACAAAAUGCCUCAAUCUUAAUUAGUUUCGUUGCAUCCAUUAUCACUUUUAUUACUGUAAUCUCUCCCUAUCAAAUCUUAAAUAAAUUUGUUUUCUAA